GAGCCUUUGGUAUAUAAUGAGGGCGUGAGCAUCGCUGGACAUCAGUCUCCUUCUUUCUCGAUAACCUAAAACAUGGUGUCUAAGAUCUUCGUUGUGGUUGCCCUAGUGGCCGUCGUCUCAGCAGACCUUCCUAUUUCCCACAAUCCUCCAGCUCCAUCCUACAAUGUUCCAGCUCCGUCCUACAAUGUUCCAGCUCCGUCCUACAACGCUCCAGCUCCGUCCUACAACGCUCCAGCUCCGUCCUACAACGCUCCAGAUCCGUCCUACAACGCUCCAGCUCCGUCCUACAACGCUCCGGCCCCAACAGGUCCUGCUCAGUACAACUUUGACUGGGUAGUGAAGGACGACUACUCCGGCAACGACUUUGGCCACAAUGAAGCUCGUAAUGGCUACGACACUGAGGGAUACUAUUACGUUCAGCUUCCCGACGGUCGUCUGCAGAGGGUUACAUACACCGUGAACGGCGACUCCGGCUACGUGGCUCAAGUUGAAUACGAGGGCGAGGCCCAGUACCCAGCCCACCAGCCCACCCCCAGCUACCAGCCCACCCCCAGUUACCAGCCCACCCCCAGUUACCAGCCCACUCCUAGUUAUCAGCCUGAACCCAGCUACGCUUAACCUGUCUCAGUGUGAUAUUUGAACUUAUUUAUAUUCAAAUGCAUGUAUGUAGCAUGGCAUUAUUCGAAUAAACAAUUAAUCACUAAAA